AUGGAUUAUAUCAGCGAUAAGAAAACCUCCGACACUGAGUAUCAACGAUAUGGCGCCGUGGAAGGUGAUGAAGUAAGCACCUUCCGUGACGACCGACGCGAAUACUCACGUGGUGGGCGCGGCCGCAGGGGCGGAGCUCACCGAUCGGACAACUGGCGUUUCGACCCGUCCGGCGGCGGCCCCAAUGGCGAUGACAGUGGGGAGUACCGAGGCGGACGGGGUGGCUACCGAGGCGGUCGAGGUGGCCGUGGCGGCGGUCGCGGCAGCCGUGGCUCCUACAACACCUGGACGAACCGUGAAACCCGUGACGAGGACAACGCCAUCCCGGCAACGUCUGAUGUCGCUGGCGCCAACACUCCUUCCACAACCCUGACUCCCACCAGCGCUCCUGCCGAGACUGGCGGUGUCGUCGCUCCUGCGCAGGAGAGUUGUGAGGCACCAUGCGAGUACGGGAACCGCGAGGAUGACCUUGGCUACAGCCGCGGCGGCCGUGGUGGCUACCGUGGUGGUGGCCGCAGCUACGACAGUGGCUAUGGCGGCCGCGGUGGUCGUGGUGGUCGCCGGUACUGUGACCCUGAGGAGGAGGGCGAGGAAGGCGGCUACUCCCAAAGCUACAACAGCGGUUAUGGCGGUGGUGGCUACCGUCGUGGCGGUUACGGUGGUCGCGGUGGUCGCCGGUACUACGACGACGAGGGUGACUAUGCCGAGGGUGGUGACCGUGCCUGCGGUAGGGGUUACGAGGACGACGACCACGAUGACGGCGGCAGUGAUCCCUAUCGUCGCAGUUCCGCUCCCUGGCGUCGUGGGAACUAUGGCCGCGACUUCGACUACGACCGCCCGCGCGGACGUGGUGGUCGUGGCGGUCGCCGUGACUUCCGCUCCUUCCGUAACGAGAACGACGCCAUGGAAGAAUCCGGCGCCGCUCAGGACAACGCGUGGACCUCCUUACCUGCGCCGACAGAGGCGCCGACGGUACCGCGGGAAUCUCCCCCGGCUCCCGCUAAGGCUGAAGAGGGUGUGCCUUCGCCUGCUCCGCAGCAGACGCAGUCGGGCAUUCGUCGCGUCACACGUGCCUCGCACCUGCGCCGGAAUUGCCACGACGAGGCUAAGGUGAUGGAGCUCUUUGAGCAUCGCCACCGUCAGACAGGCAUUUCACUGGACAACUACGACAGUAUUCCGGUGGAGAUGGUGCCACGGGAUGUGAAGCCUGUGGAGGACUUCGCCGACCUGCUUGUCGAGCCGGCGCUGGCUGCUAACAUCGAGCGAUGCGGCUACAAGAAACCGACGCCUGUGCAGCGAUACGGUAUUCCGGUCGCGCUGGCUGGUAGCGAUCUGAUGGCGUGUGCGCAGACGGGCUCUGGUAAGACGGCUGCCUUCCUGAUUCCUGUUGUGCAGUACAUGCUCGUUCACGGUGUGUCGCCAGCGCGUCAGCGCAAGAGCUACCCGAUCGCGCUGGUGCUGGCGCCGACGCGCGAGCUGGCCGUGCAGAUUUUCGACGAGGUCCGCAAGCUCACCUUCAACACAGAUAUCUUCUACGACGUCGUGUACGGUGGAACUCGCUACCCGCAACGCUUUGAGCAGGAUAUCCUGGUUGCCUGCCCUGGCCGUUUGCGCGAUAUGUUCAAUGAGGAGUACCUCUCGUUCUCUGCUAUCAAGUUCCUCAUUCUCGACGAAGCGGACCGCAUGUUGGAGAUGGGAUUCGAGGAGCAGAUUGAGGAGCUCGUCGCGUCACGCUACACCGACAUGCCCACCGUUGAUGACCGCCAGACCUUCAUGUUCAGUGCCACCUUCCCACAGCGCAUUCUCAACCUCGCCAAGCGCUACCUUCGCCGCAAGUAUUACUUACUCACAGUCGGCCGCGUCGGGUCCACAACAAAGAACAUCACCCAGACGAUCGAGCACGUACCGGACAACGAAAAGAUGGACCGCCUCCUGCAGAUCAUUUACGGCCACGAGAUGAGCGAUAUGGUGCUGAUCUUCGUGGAGACAAAGAAGAUGGCUGAGGAUGUGAACCGCCGCCUGCACCGUGAGGGCAUCAGCAGCACUACGAUCCACGGAGACCGUCGUCAGCAGGAUCGUGAGGCAGCCCUGGAGGACUUUAAGCAGAAGGUGACGCCCAUCCUGGUCGCGACGGAUGUGGCAUCUCGUGGAUUGGAUAUACCUGAUGUCGCACACGUCGUGCAGUUUGACCUGCCGCAAGAGAUGGACGACUACACGCAUCGCAUUGGUCGUACCGGUCGGGCUGGUAACAAGGGUAUCGCAACUGCUUUCUACAACCGAAACAACCGCCGCCUUGCGCUCGAUCUGCACAAGUACUUCUCCGAGCAUGGUCAGGAAAUCCCGAAGUGGUUCCAGCAGGAGGCGGAGCUCGUCGAAGGUGAGGCGCUGCUGUCUCGCGACAUUGGGGGCGGCGGUCGUCGUCGUGGUGGUGGUGGUGGUGGCGGUGGCGGUGGCGGUCACCGUUCAGGCGGCAGCGGCGGUCGCGGCGGCGGUGGUGGCGGCGGCUCCUGGGGUGACAGCCGUCCUUCCGCUCCGUCUGGCGGUGGUCGCCGGGGCUGCGGUAUGGAUGACGGUGGCUUUUAA